CAUGUUUAACUCUGAAACAGUAGUCAAAUGUUAUUCAGCUUUUUCUGAAGCUAUUCUAUGGAUAGAUAAUUAUUGUGAACAAUUGUUUUUACGUUACGACACUUUAUUGUGUUGUCAGGUUUACCUACAGCAAAUACAAAUACAGUUAAAAAACAACAACCGAAAAACGAAUUCUGCUCAUCCCCAAACACUGAGCUACAUUUCCAUCACUUUGACAGACUCCUGUGCUGCAGGCUCGUGUUUGCAGCAUGUAAACUCUGCCAGCUAUGUACCCACAAUGCAUUGCAAAGCUAUGCUAACUGCGAGCAAAGAAAAACAACAACAGGCUACUCUGCGAAGAAGGCAGCUGCAUGGAUAACGACAACAACAACGACGAGGAUUUCACGCAAUGCAAUGGUAUUUCCUUAAACAAAAUGCGCCGUAGCUUUAUAAUGUGAGUACCACAUGGUCUUAAGCACUCUCCGUCCGUUGAAGUUCCAUUCCUUACGCUCGUUUUAUAGUGGGAACUGUUUUACUGGCUAGCUAGCUAGCUGGCUAGCUAUCUGCGUCUAUGUUUGAGUGUCUUCCGGCAGCAACGGCGGCAGCAGCGGUGCCAUGAACAGUGGACUCCCAGCUUCAGCUGCUCCGCUCGGGGGUGCCGGGAUACCCAGUGUCAAAGUUAAGUUUUGCCGAUACUACGCGAAAGACAAAACGUGCUUCUAUGGAGACGAGUGUCAGUUCCUGCACGAGGAUCCGUCCAUGGCAAGCCUGCCUCUGCACGGAGGGGGCAGUAGUCCCGUGCCGUUGUCCAUGGCCGGCGGUGGCGGGACGCCAGCGGGGUAUUCCCUCGGAGGCUCCGCGGCAGCCUGCCCGGGUGGAGGGGGGACCGUUGUACCCAAGAAGAGCGAAGCAAUGGUGCCUGCAGGUACAUCGCUGGAGGGUCAGCUGUUAACUGUCCCAGGGAUGGAGGGUGCAGCCCUGAGCGAUGCCAGUCUCACCAACUCUUACUUCAGCAGCAGCUUCAUUGGGGUCAAUGGGUUUGGAAGCCCAGCAGAGUCUAAAUACUCAAUGAUGCAGCGAAUGACUACCAGCAGCAGCUCUCCUAGUCUCCUUAACGAUGGUGCCAAGAACUACAGCCACAGCACUCAUGAUCCAGUGAACUCUCCGACAUCCUCACUCUUCAGCGAUUUUGGUGCUCUUAGCAUAUCCCAAAGGAGGAAGACUCCUAACCCAGCAGCAAGUGAGUUCAUUCCUAAGGGAGUUCCACGAAUGGCCACCAUGGCUCAGUCUAGUGUCCAGGCCUUCCCUUCGCCUCUCUUCCCACAUCCUGGUAUCAGCAGUUCCACAGCUACAGCUCUGGCUCCAGGCAUGUCCUUGUCUGCGGGGUCUUCUCCUCUCCACUCCCCAAAAAUUACACCGCACACCUCACCUGCCCCUCGUCGGCGUAGUCAUACUCCAAACCCUGCCAACUACAUGGUGCCCACCACAGCAGCCGACCAGGGUGCUCACAUUAUCCAAAAAGAAACUGUCGGGGGGACUACCUACUUCUACACUGACAACACCCCAGCACCAAUGGCUGGGAUGGUGUUUCCUACUUACCAUAUAUAUCCCCCCACUGCACCACAUGUGGCUUACAUGCAGCCAAAAGCAAAUGCCCCAUCCUUCUUCAUGGCUGAUGAGCUUCGACAGGAGUUGAUAAACAGACAUUUGAUAACCAUGGCCCAGAUUGACCACUCGGAGAACUCGGAUGUACCAGGUGAGGUAGACAGCUACCACAGCCUGUUCCCCCUCGAGCCUCUCCCCCCACCCAAUCGCAUGCAGAAGACCAGCAACUUCAGCUACAUCACCUCUUGCUACAAGGCCGUCAAUAGCAAGGAUGACCUGCCUUACUGCCUGAGGAGGAUACAUGGUUUCCGUCUUGUUAACACCAAGUGCAUGAUGCUGGUAGACAUGUGGAAGAAGAUCCAGCACUCAAACUCUGUAACACUGAGGGAGGUCUUCACCACCAAGGCCUUUGGAGACCACUCCCUGGUGUUUUCUUACGACUUCCAUGCGGGUGCAGAGACCAUGUUCAGCAGACACUUCAACGACCCAGCAGCAGACUCGUACUUUACCAAGAGGAAGUGGGGACAACAUGAGCCUCCACCACCACGGCAGCAUGCGGGUCUCCUCCCAGAAUCCCUGAUCUGGGCCUACAUCGUCCAGCUCAGCUCUGCCCUGCGCACCAUUCACACUGCGGGUCUGGCCUGCCGUGUCAUGGACCCCAGCAAGAUUCUCAUCACUGGCAAAACCAGGUUACGGGUGAACUGCGUUGGAGUGUUUGACGUUUUAACGUUUGAUAACAGUCAGACCAAUCAUCUUGCCCUAAUGCCACAGUACCAGCAAGCAGACCUAGUGUCACUGGGCAAGGUGGUGCUGGCGUUGGCGUGUAACUCCCUGGCUGGCAUUCAAAGGGAGAAUCUGCAGAAGGCCAUGGAGCUUGUGUCAAUCAACUACUCUUCAGACCUCAAGAACCUCAUUCUGUAUCUGCUGACUGAACAGUCUCGCCUGCGCAGUGUCAAUGACAUUAUGCCAAUGAUUGGAGCGCGGUUCUACACGCAACUAGAUGCAUCGCAGAUGAGGAACGAUGUAAUUGAGGAGGACCUGGCCAAGGAAGUGCAAAAUGGCCGCCUCUUCCGCCUGUUGGCCAAGCUGGGCACCAUCAAUGAGCGACCAGAGUUUCAGAAGGACCCGACGUGGUCGGAGACGGGCGACCGCUACCUGUUAAAGCUUUUCCGGGAUCACCUGUUUCACCAGGUGACGGAGGCCGGAACGCCCUGGAUCGACCUCAGCCACAUCGUCUCCUGCCUCAACAAACUCGACGCUGGCGUUCCUGAGAAGAUCAGUCUGGUUUCUCGGGACGAGAAAAGCGUCCUGGUUGUGACCUACUCUGACCUGAAGCGCUGCUUUGACAGCACCUUCCAGGAGCUUCAGGCUGCGGCCUCUGGCUCUCUGUAGCGCCCUCUUUGGGCCCGGGGUGGGACGGCCCCGACCUGGAGCACACUAUUGCACUACAGCGAAGGACCAGGUUUGUGAAGACGACAUCAGCAAUGGCGAAAGGCAGCGAGGCAGGGCUUCGUGAACCUCAGUCACAUACACUGACCCUGUCCACCAGGAUGGCUUUUUCUAAAGUGUAUUUUUUUUAGUUUUCCUAAACCCUGCAGCUGAAAAAUCGAGAAAAACAAAAGAAAAAGGACAAAUAUGGAAGCUGUGACAAGACGAUAUGAUGACAUUUUUUUAGAUUUGGGGAACAAAACGAGAAACAAAUCGUGGUGUUUUGAACUUUUUUCCUGCUUUUAGUGUUCAUUUCUUACAGUUGGGGUUUAUUUUUCUGAAGAGGAUGCACUAAGAUUUUAAUUUUUUUGUUAUUUUUGUUUUGUUAUUUUUAUGAAAAUGUGUGAGUGGCCAACAGGGUGUACAGAGAGAGCUAAAGUCACACAUGGACAUAAAUACCAGAGCAGACUCACAAUUAAAACACACAAACAAACAAAACAGAAAAAGAGAUCAAGCUUUUUUACUGACUGCACCUCUCUUCCAGCUGGAGACCACACCCCUUCAUUCUGAUGCACUAGGAGACGGAACACACCACUCAAGGCUUUUGUUGGGGGCAGGAUGGCACUUGUUUAAUGAAAUGGGCCGGCCCACCUUUGCCUUGGUUGUUGCCCCACAGAAAGGACAAACCACUUGGGAGGAAGGGAUGGGGGUUCUUAAAACUGGAAAUAAAUAGAUGAAUCUCUGACAUUUUAGUUCAGCAGACGUUGGGAUAUCAGGCUCGUGCGAUGUGACGUGGGUGGGCUGGUGUGAAACAGGAUUUGAGAUUUGGAAUGUGGUUUCAGUUUGCAGACGAAGAAGGGGCGUUUUUGUUUCCGACGCUGUCUACCAUCUGUUUGUUACACGUGCAGCAGCCGUCUUUUGGUUAACGGACGCUCUGGUGCCGUGAGCUGCUUCAUGACGGGUCAUUUUGGUUUUGGAUGUCCAGCACUUGUAGCCCGUGAGUUGGGCUUCUGAUGAGGUGGAGCCACAACUGCCUCUUUUGUGGAAUGUCCUUAUUUGGUCUGUCACUCCUCCUCCUCCUGUCCCCCCUCAAGAGAAAAGUUAUGCUUUUUUGUGAAUUUUUCUAGCUGGUCUUUCACUUUGCUCAGCUUUUAUUUUGCAGGAAUGCAUGAUGGGAAAUGGGAGGGUAAUUCAUAUUUGUUUUGUCUCAAAUUAAUUAUUUUAUUAAUCUGUGGACCAAUUCCAGCAAAGGGUUUGGGGAACGGGGAAAGCGUAGAGGGGCGAGGAGACGAGGAACACCAAGAGUUGUUGUUUUGGUUGAUUUGUUGUUUUUGUUUCUUCUUUUUUUUAACCAUGAAAUACAAACGUGCUGAGACAAAGCGGGCUGUUGCACUCGCGGGCUGUUGCACUCACUCGGACGACUAGGAUUUCUCUCAGGAUGACAAACGGCUGGAGGGGCCCCAGUGAUUGAAUGUGUUUGGCCGUCACUGGCUGCCCCCUGUCCAGUUAGAUAGAUGAGCUUCAGUAGAGUGGGUGGGACGUCUUCACACGGAGGUUUUUUUUUAAGGAAGUUAACAGCGUUGUGGAAAUCAAGCUGUGAGGGUUUUUUUUUCACGUUGCCCUUAAGCACAAAUCAUAUUCUGUUGAUCGUGGAAGGAGUUAUUGAGCAAGAGAGUUUAGUGCCAGCCGACUCGACCCCGAAAAGAUAUCAUCAAGCUGUUUGGGAACCACUGUCUUUGAUUGUUUGUCAUCUUUGUCUAAGUCUGUAGAUAAGAGACAACAAUGAAGAGGCCGCAGUCGGUUUCACAUCAAACUUUUGUAUUGUGGACGUCAAUGAUCUGUUCUUGAGGGCAACAAACGUGCAGGGAGCCGGCUGUGUUGGAUCGUGUUACUACUUCCUCUAUUUUAACAAGACAGUCGAAAACAUUUGGUUAAUGUGGUGCUUUAGAAAAACCCUCAACACACACACACACACAGUGCAGCCCCCCAACUCGGCGUACACAAUGUCAGUGCCCAUAUCACAAUCUUCCAAAUGGCCCCAUCUCACCCCCACACACACGCACACUCCACUUCAUAUUAGUGACAACCUCCUUCUCCUCCCCAACAUCAUCAUCAUCACCACCACCUACAAUCGCCAUCUUAGUAUGUUUUUCGCCCUUCUUCUUAUGUUCAUUGUCUCAAAUUUUGCAAUAUUUGUGUGUACAGCAGUAUUUUAAUAAAGAAUACCAAAACAGAAA